AUGGAGAUGUCAGCGGUGCGGAUUGCGCCGAACCUCUUGGACAGGCGCAUGCAUCUUCGUUUGUUUUUGUUUUUUUUUCGUGUGUGUGCGCACCAAGGGGCGGCACGCCACGCACCCAUGGAGACUGGCAACCAAAGGAAGGAAACAAUCUAUGAUGCCUGCCGCUUGGGGAACGAGGCACGUGUGAAGGAAUACGUGAGGCAUGGAGGUUGUGUCACGGAGCGCGAUGCGAACAGGAUGACGCUCCUGCACCAUGCAGCAUUUUCUGGAAAAAUUUGCAUUGUUGACGCCAUUCUCUCCGCGCAGCCAAUGCAAACUGUGGACUUGGAUGCGGCGGACGCUGGUGGAUGGACGCCGUUGCACUACGCGGCGGAGCGUGGAUUCACCGCUGUGGUGGAGCGUCUCCUGGAUGAGGGUGCCAAUCCAAAUGCAAGGGAUGAAAUGAAGCGCACACCGCUGCAUCUUGCGGCUGGUGCUGGUCAUGUGGGCGUGCUGCAGAUCCUUCUCAAGAACGGCGCCAUGCCCAGUGCAAAGAAUGUGGCAGGAUUAACGGCGCUGGCGUGUGCCGGGGCAACUGGCCAGGUGGAAGCCGUAAGUGUUCUUGAGCAGCAGUGA